CUUAUUCUCAGCCAGUGGAUAACCAUAUCACUCCAUCUGCCUACCUGGGACAGUCUCUGCCCCCAGCAUCACCAGGGCGAUAUUCACCAGUUCCCAAGGGAAUGCUUGGAGAUGAUGAGAUUACCAGGGAGCCUAGAAAGGUUGUCCUGCAUCGAGGAUCAACAGGUCUUGGUUUCAACAUUGUUGGAGGAGAAGACGGAGAAGGAAUUUUCAUCUCUUUCAUCCUUGCAGGAGGGCCAGCUGACCUGAGUGGAGAGCUUAGGAAAGGAGAUCGUAUCAUUUCUGUAAAUGGAGUAGAUCUAAAAGCAGCAACACAUGAACAGGCAGCAGCAGCCCUGAAGAAUGCAGGCCAAGCAGUAACUAUUGUAGCUCAGUACCGUCCAGAAGAAUACAGUCGUUUUGAAGCUAAAAUACAUGAUUUACGGGAACAGAUGAUGAACAGUAGCAUUAGUUCAGGAUCAGGAUCUUUGCGAACCAGCCAGAAGAGAUCCCUCUAUGUCAGAGCUCUUUUUGAUUAUGACAAGACUAAAGAUAGCGGCCUUCCCAGUCAAGGGUUGAAUUUCAAAUUUGGUGAUAUUCUCCAUGUCAUUAAUGCUUCUGAUGAUGAAUGGUGGCAAGCACGGCAGGUAACUCCAGAUGGAGAAAGUGAUGAAAUUGGAGUUAUCCCUAGCAAACGCAGAGUUGAGAAAAAAGAACGAGCCCGUUUAAAGACUGUGAAAUUCAAUUCCAAAACAAGAGGAGAUAAAGGGCAGUCAUUCAAUGACAAGCGUAAAAAGAACCUCUUUUCCCGAAAAUUUCCCUUCUACAAGAACAAGGACCAGAGUGAGCAGGAAACCAGUGAUAUUGACCAGCAUGUAACCUCUAAUGCCAGCGAUAGUGAAAGUAGUUACCGUGGCCAAGAAGAGUAUGUGUUGUCAUAUGAACCAGUCAAUCAACAAGAAGUCAGUUACACGCGACCUGUGAUUGUUUUGGGACCCAUGAAAGACAGAAUAAAUGAUGAUCUAAUCUCAGAAUUUCCAGACAAAUUUGGUUCAUGUGUUCCACAUACUACUAGACCAAAACGAGAUUAUGAGGUGGAUGGACGUGAUUACCAUUUUGUCACUUCUCGAGAGCAAAUGGAGAAGGAUAUUCAGGAUCACAAAUUCAUUGAAGCUGGCCAGUACAAUAAUCAUCUUUACGGAACAAGUGUCCAGUCAGUGCGAGAAGUAGCAGAAAAGGGUAAACAUUGCAUUCUUGAUGUUUCUGGUAAUGCGAUCAAAAGGUUGCAGAUUGCCCAGCUAUACCCAAUCUCCAUUUUUAUUAAACCCAAAACAGUGGAAAAUAUCAUGGAAAUGAAUAAACGCUUAACAGAAGAGCAAGCCAGGAAGACAUUUGAGAGAGCCAUGAAACUGGAGCAAGAAUUUACUGAACACUUCACAGCUAUUGUCCAAGGAGACACACUGGAAGAAAUCUACAACCAAGUGAAACAGAUCAUAGAGGAACAGUCUGGGCCUUACAUCUGGGUUCCAGCAAAGGAAAAAUUAUGAAAACAGAUUUUUAUUUUCAAUUUUCUAACUGACAUCACCUACUACAUCUGAUGAUUCUUAAGCCCUUCCAGUGGAGCCUGCCUCUAGCUCUUUCCAGCGUGGUUCAUACCCUAACCAUCACAUUCUGCAGUUCCCAUAAUGCUUUACAUUUGGUGUCUCUCUUAGUUUAAAUAAUUUGUAUUAUUGUGCUCUGUCGGUUUGCCAUUUUUCAAACAUAACAAUGGAAUGGCCUGACCAGCUAUUAGUUUGGGGUGGGGGUGGGAGGGAAUUGCUUGGUAAAAUUCCUUAAUGUUUAAGGGAAAGUAACUUUCGAAGAUUUUUCAAAAAAGCUUUAUAGACAUUCUUUUAAAAUUUCAUAACAAUUGAAAGAAAAGUUGUAUUCAAGGAAGUUGUAAAUCAUUAGUAACUUUGCACGCUUAACUUCAAUAGCAUGGUUUGGUCAGGGCAAUCAAUUUCAGGUUUUAUUUUCUGAAUUUAAAAACUCUAUUCUCACAGUAAUAUUUUUUUUUCCAGGCAGUUAGAAACUUUCAAAUUUUGAGUUAACAUUUUCAUGAAGUCCCUCAAGGGAUAUUCAUUUUCAUAAUUUCAUACGGAUAUUCUUAUAAUCUAUUUUUUCAUUUUUUGCCAAUAAAAUUGCUAGGGACAAAGAUGUGUAAUGUUUUUAAUCUUCCUUGUGAAACACUAUUUAUAGUGUCUUACAGAAAUUGUUUAUAGAUAAUGGUCAUCACACUUUUUCAGCCUAAAAUAUGUUUAGGUGCUAGGAAACCUUGUAUUUUUCAGAGGAAUGCCAAAUUUCCAUUGGCAGUAUUACAGAAAACAGCUGCAGAGAUGGUCAUUAGGGCAAUGAGAGAAUGAUUCAUAGCCUAAAAAUGUGUGUGUUCUUAGGGGUCAGAUUUUAAUGAAUAUUUUACCCACAGUAACUGCCUAUUUUGUUAUAAUAAAUAU